UGCUCCUCUCCCAUAACAGAUUACAAUGAGGAAACUAACCUACACAAUUAUCGCCUUCCUAUUGGCAUGUGCAGUUACCAUUAAUAUUUAUAUAUUUUUGGCAUCGAAAAAGCAUCAAGCAAGACUCGAACUCGCCAAAGACAUUCGAUACAUCCGGAAGGAAUACAGCAAAACGGAAGAAGGAGAGCAGGAACCACUAGGCCGUGGAAGUAGUGCAGUGGUUCUAAACUCAGACGUGUCAAACCGUAAAACGUCAUUGUUCGGCAGUAUUAAUCCUGAUAUCAUCAGUAUGGCGCCAGAGGUCUUCAAAACAGUUCCUCGCCAGUUUCUGCCAGACUUCAAGAACCCGUGUUGGCGCGACGAACAAAAUAAACUAUUCUGCUUACCAUAUUUCUACGUUAUUGGACUGCACAAAUGCGGAACGACUGACCUGUGGUCUAAACUCAUCCGACACCCGGACGUUGUGGACACAGUCCGCAAGGAACCACACUGGUGGGGUAAACGGAGACACGGUUCCAUGGAUUAUACUCUGAUACCACCACACAAGAAAGAAGCUCGUCUGGUACGCGGUAUGUUAACAGAUGGUAAGGAUGAUUCUUCUUUCGAUUGGUAUCUCACCUGGUUCAAGAUGUUUGGAGUUGAUUCGGUGGAGUCGAAUCCCUCACGGAAGGUUUUCGGCGAUGCUUCGAUCAGCACUGCUUUCAGCAUGGGUAAAUCCUGGGGCUCUGAACAUAGGAACUAUACCAAUGCUGAUCUAAUCCACGCAAUCCAACCACAUGCUAAGAUAAUUCUUCUCACUAGAAACCCAACAGGAAGAUUCUUCUCCCAAUUCUUCUACAAAUCUGCGAAAAAACCUAAAACUCUGGCAGACUUACACAAGCAGGCUACGCUUCAAGUCAAAUGUUUCACGGCGUGUCUUCGAAGAUAUUCAGAACGACACUGCACUUUCACGAUGCCAUGUGGCUCAGCUAUGUCAACCAUUCACCUAGCAAUAGCCGAAGAGUGGAUGAGAGUGUUUGGUCGUGAGGGAGUGUAUGUUCUUAGAUUAGAGGAUUGGCAUAAAGAUAUGGCGGGCGAAUUUAAGAGGGUUCUACGAUUCUUAGAACUUCCUGCUCUCACUGAAGAAGAGAUCUCGCAGAUCACGAGACAAGAGUCUGCGAACGUGAAUGUUCGAACGGCCCACCUCACCAUGUGGAACAAAACCCGCGAUAUCCUACAAGACUUCUUCAAGCCUUUUAAUCAAAGAAUGGCCAAACUUAUGGAUGAUGACAGGUUUCUCCAGUACAACGAAUUAUGAAAGAGUGUGUGUUGUUUAUUAAAAGGGAUAAUCCGGGCUGAAGAAUUUAUAUCUAAAUAAAUAGAGUAAAAUUCACAGAGUAAAAUGCUGAAAAUUUCAUUAAAAUCGGAUAACAAAUAAUGAAGUUAUUGAAUUUUAAAGAUUUGCAUUAUUCCGGUGAAACAGUUCUAGGCAUGUCUUUAUGAAUAUCCAUUAGGUUGGCUGAUGGUGUCACAUCCUCACUUUCUAUGUUAUUACAUGAAAUCAUAAUUGUUUCAUUUUUUCAUAAAUGUGUAACAUUUAUGAUGUGUCUCCCUUAUGAUGAAAUAAGUUGCAGCAAAAAAUAACCAAUGCACAUAAUCAGUUGUCAAUUUAAUUGUUUUAGUUUUUGGUAUAAUUUUUUUGAAUAAACCUAAUUUCAUAUGAUAAAAUGCAAAUGAACAAGUGGGGAUAUGACAUCAUGUAGACAUGCCUAGAACUGUUUCACAGGAAUAAUGCAAAUCUUUAAAAUUCAAUAACUUUGUUAUUUGUAAUCCGAUUUUGAUCAAAUUUUCAGUAUUUUGCUUUGUGAAUCUUACUCUAUUUAUUGAGAUAUAACAUGUUCAGCCCGGAGCAUCCCUUUAACUGCAAAAGUAUAAUCAAAGAGUCCGUAGCCAACAUGUUUCAUUUUUGAGUAAAACCAUCGAUAUUUUGCUUCUUGGUAUCUGAUCAAAUCCGCCAUGAUACAACAGUCACACCAACUGGCGUACAGAUGUGGUGGGGUGGGGAUGGGGGCCAACCACCACCCCCCCCCCCCAAAAAAAAAAAAAAAAAAAAACACGUGAAGAAAAAGAACAGGGAAAAAGGGUGAAAUAUGAUAUUUUAUAAAUAUAAUUGUAAAAAUCUUAUCACAAAAUUAGCUUGACCUAUUAACAAUUCAGAAUAUUUCCAACACUUUCAAAAUAGGGAGAAAAGGAAAGAAAAGGAGAAGGCAAAGUGUACAAUAGGAUAUCAUUUUCUAAAUAAUUAUAUUGUCAAAAUCUAUAUCUCAAAAUAAGCUUUUCGUAUUAAAAAAGUUAUAAAUUUUUGCCCGCUCGAUCGCUCACUUUUUUUUAAAUUUGUUCCGUAUACCAUAAUUUUUGUCCUCUUCCAAACUGUUGGCUCCUUAUGUUACCGGUCACCCAAAGGAAAGCAAUCCCAGGGCAUGUAUACACAAAGAUUAGCGAUGAAUCAUAAUUUAUGAAGGAAUACUUCCGGUUGGUUCCUGGUCUGUAUUUUAAACCAAAUGCGCAUGUAACAUUAAUCUUAAUUGGUCAGUCCAUUUAGCGAUUGAUCGUUAAUCUUUGUGUUAUGGGGUCCAGAUCGACUUGGAUAACGUAAUAGCUUCUUGUUGGUAUAUUUAAAUACCAACAAGAAGCUAUGCCCAUCUCUUCUUUGUGUAGGCCUUAAAUGGCCAAAGAAGAUAUGGGCACAUUUUCAUUCAACUUCAUAGAUAGGUCAAUUCGGGAUUUUGAAUCUCAAAACUAUCAUAUAAGAGAAGGUUAUGAUUCUGCCAAUGAAAAUAUCAGACUUUAACUGGAUGUAAUUUAAUGUCAUAAAAAUAGAUGAUAGAAUUUCACAUUAUGGCCAGAUGCUCGUCCCCUUUCUUCCUUUUGAGAGUCAUGAUAAUGUCGUGUUGGGAUCAGUAAUUAUAAGAAGGGAAGCGUAAUAAGGAAACUUUGGAGAAAGUUAUACAGUUGAAAUCACUAGGUAUUUAAUCAUCAAUAUUCAGCUACAGUUCGAAGUACAUGAAGAUUCAGAUAUCAUAGGAGACGAUGAAUAUAAAAUAAUUUAGAAGUAUCAGAUUGAGAUUGUGAAGUUAAAUUAAUAUUCGAUGGACGUCUAAGUCUUGAAGUCAGUCAGUCUCUAUCUGGAUGAGUGUGGGUCUAGUAUUCUUCUGUAUUCUAUAUCCUCUAAUAAUCAAGAAGUCUUAUUUAUAUCAUUAGUUUUGGGGGGUGUAACAAUUUAAGGUGGGAGUGAUCUCUAAACUUGAUCUGAUUGGUCUACAGGUAACUGUCUAUCAAACUUUCUCUGGUAUAAGGGGUGUGGUGAUGCUCUGUGCAGGUGAUUGGGGCUGGAAGUGUGAGUCAUACUUCUUCCUUGAAGUUAGCUGACGUCACUGAGGGUUGGUCUUUUUAUGGUCAAGGUUUAGGAGUUAAAUGGUAUUGGGGGGUUGAGAAUUCUUAGAUGACAUUGGGGGAGUUUGUAAACAAGUGAAGGUGAAUGACUGAAAGGAUAACAGGAAGUUAAAUACAUACUACAUAACAAUAAACUGAUUGGGGUUGCUAUGUAUACUUUGAAAUAUAACUUGUGUAAGGGUAAAAAGUGAGAUUGAUGCAAUAAAUAUAUUUUUCUGAAAUUGAUAAGUAGAGGUAGAGUGAUAAUUGAGUUUAAUGAGGUAUGUUUUAAUGCCAUAAUAUUGCAAACAAAAAAACCAAUACAAUAAACCAGAUGAGAACCUGGAUAGAAUGGUGUAGCUGAUGAUCAGAACCCAUGCAGCGCCAAAGGACCAUUAUCAGCAAGUGCAUGCUAAAAUUAUACCGUAAUGCUUUUGAAAGUUAUUGUCAUUCCAGAUUUGUAAAACAUUGCUCUGUAUUUGAUUAUUGAUCAAGAACUUUGUUGAUUAUGUAUACGUAAUAUGUAUGAGUUUUAUACAGCCAUUAAAUACUUUUUUUAAUCGAUUAAUACAAAUCGAAUUUUGAGUAAUUAGAAAGUGA